AACCCGCGACGUCUUUCGCAAGUUUGUUUCUAUUUCGUUGUCUCUCAGCUGAGUAAUUUGGUGAUUCCAAAAGUGUGCUCGCGAAUCUAGAGAACUUAAUAAAGAACCUAAUAAAAUCUCAUUUCCUUGAAAAAUCAAGAUCGUUGUUCGAUAGCGACUCUAAAUGCGUGUGCAUCUGCUGUUGAUUGUGUUCUUCGCGAGCACUGUCUUAGCGCGAAGUACUCGAGAUAGAAGGGAUACUGCUGUGACCACAGUACAACCUCCAAUCAUUUCUUAUACAACUGACAAUGGAAAUACGAACGUCACUCCUGGAGAUAAAUGUGAUAGAAUUAAUUGGGGGAAUAAUAUUUUCCGUCAACCGUUAAAGAUGAUGUCUAAGCUUGUUAAAUCAACAUUACUAACCGUGAAAAAUACUUUCUCGACGUUUUUAAAAACAUUAAAUUCAACGGGCGACUUUAUGCUGCGCGCUAUGAUGCAACCGUUUGUGGUAACGUUAAGGAUGAUAAUUAGAAUGAUGGACUGGAUGCUGCAAUUUGUUUAAUUCGAUAUUGUCUAAAGCUAGUAGCAUUAAAAAUAUCUUCCAAAUUCCGAUUUUGCUUACACGAUCUAUAAAAAUCUUUUUCUAUCUAUAAACAUUAAAAUGGUCGACGAGUCAUACAUUUCUGAUGCUCUCUUAAGAAAGUUAGAGAUAUAAAUAAUUAUCAGCUGACAAGAUUGGAACUAUUCAGAAGUCGUAAUAAUCACUGGGGAUUGCGAGAAACAUUGUUAAGAUCCAGACUAAGAAGAAAGAAUCCAUCAAUUAAAUACC